AGUUGGCAGCACCACAGACAAUGGACAAGGACAGGGAGAUGCAUGACGCUCUCCGGCGGAGGCUUCUAGACGCCGAAUCUGCGGCCCAGCAGGAUGAGGCAACGCGCCAACGGCACCUGCAGCUGCUCCAGGAUCUGUGGCAGCCGAAGGGCACACCAGUGGGCGUGCCGAGCGAGCGGCUGCGGCAGCUGUUCGAGGAGGUGCGAGCGAGAGGGGACCACGACCUGUUGCGGAACUGGCAGCUGUGGCUAAGCGAGCUGAUCCUGGCCAGGCGAGUGAUCCUGGUGCGGUCACACCUGCUGGCGGAGUGGCUGAUGGGCGGCGGGCAGCGGGAGAAGCUGGCGGAGGAACUGAAUCUGCUGUUGUCGCUGCUGAAAACGCUGCCCAAGGAACACCUGCCCGGCUACUGGUCAGCAUUGGCCAUGUUGCCCCAUCCCAAGGAUGUGAAAGCAGCUCUGCUCCUCAUCAAGUGCCAGGAGGCAGUGCUGGCCGACUUGGAGCAGGCCGAGGAGGCGGAGGACAGUGCCAGCAGUCGAAAUGCUGCCGAUUCUCUCGUUCAAUGCCACUUCGAUGGCCGCUGGCUGGAGGCCAGGGAGCAGGAGCAGCUUCCCCUAAUAGUGGGGCACAGCCUGCAGCUGCUCCAGAAGCUGGUGGCCAGGCAGCCGGACUAUGCGGUCCAGCAUGUGCCCGAGCUGAUGGGCCUAGUCCAGUGUUACGUGCAAUACGGAGCGGAAGGUGAGGCGCCAGCCAAGCUGCAGCUGCCGCGGAAGGUGCAGCCUGCCCAGCAAUCCGCCGCCUAUGGCCACGAGGAGGAGCCCCACGACUCGGAGCAGCAGAACGCCGCCGGCAGCAAGGCCCGUUCGGGCGGACGCAAGAACAAGGUGCGGAAGAUGAGAUCCCUGGCCAAGCAGCGAAACCAAAGCAACAACAACCAGGUCAGCGACUCUCUGCUGGCGGAGAGUGCUCCCCGGGACCGCCUGCUGCUGAUGGGCAACCAGGACUACGGCUGUCUCACCGGCGACUCCGGCGAGAACUGUCCCCCCUCCGAUUCGGAUCAGCUGCCGGGACCCAAGCAGCUCCGUCAGCUGCAGGCCAAGGUGCGGAUCUCGGCGCUGCAACUGCUGGGAUCUCUGGCCAGGCAGCUGCCCCGCCGUACGCUCUACGGCUACUGGCACGUCCUCUUUCCCAGCGCCGACUCUGGCGGCGGUGGCCACCUGCUGCUCGUGGGCCAAACGGACGGUAACUCCCGCUGCCGGGCGCUGGCCCUGCAGCUGGCCGCCCAGCUGCUGUACGGAUCCAAGGGCUACCUGAGCCAGGCCUGCUCCCGGGGCCCCAGCAACUACACGCCCUUCGCCGUGAGCCUGGCCAGCUGCGUCCUCUCGGCCUAUCGCUCGCUGUGCUCCAUUCUGGAGCGCGAAUAUGCGCCGCCGGUGCUCACCCAGUGCCUCAAGUGCCUGGCCGUGCUCGUGCAGGCCACACCCUUCGAGCAGCUGGAGAUGGGCUUCGUCUACGAGUUUGUGGGCCACGUGAAGAAGCUGAUCAAGAGCGCGGACUCGCCGGUGGCCGUGUCGGCCUUGCUGGUGAUGGAAAUGCUGGUGGCCACGCCGAAACUAACGCCAGAGAUGGCCAGCGCCAUAGGACUGGCUCCCAGCCAGCGGGAUCUCAAGCUGGAGGAGCUGCAGUCGGACUUUCACGAGCUCUGCGAUUCGGAUGCGGAGUUGGAACUGGAGGAGGAGGCGGAGCAGCAGCAGCAGGAGCAGCUGGCGCAGCACAGACCAGAGGCUAAUCCCGUCCCGCUGAGUGCCCCGGCCAUUCCCCGAAACUCCUGGCUGCUGCGGCAGGUCCUGAGGCAGCUGGAGAGCCUGGGCACGGGGCCACCGAUGCGUGUGGAGUGCUUCCAGGUCCUGCUGGCCAUGGCCACCCAUGUGGGGUUACUCCGCGGCCAUCAGGCCCGCUUGGCAAGGGUUUUGCUCGCCGGUUUGCAGGACAUCACGGCUGAUGUGAGACUGUACGCGGCCCGCUGCCUGGAUUCCGUGGGCUACCAGCUGGGACGCCUGCUCCCAGACCCGCCAGAGCGGGAGAUGCAGCUGUCCUUCUGGCUCAGCCUGCUGCCGGGCAUCUAUGGAGCCUACAAUGACGCCGCCGGAGCCUCGCUGAAGUGCGCCCUCUGCGAUGCCCUGUCCAACAUGGGUGGCUUCAGCUUCGAGCGGCUGCCUCCUGGCCAGCGGAACGCUCUGCUGGCCUUCCUCAGCGGCUGUGCCAGCGACGAUGGCGAGGAGCCGCUGGUCAGGGCCGCUGCUCUGCGGGCCUUGGCCGUCUACGUGCUGCAUCCCAGCCUGAAGGCGGACCUGGUCUUUGUGGAGAAUGCAGCGGAGCUGACGCUGCGCCUCAUCAGCGAUGGCCAGCUGGCGGUGAGGAUCAAGACCGCCUGGGCCCUGGGCAACAUCAGUGAUGCCUUGAUAGCAGCCAUUCCCAACCAUUCGGAGAGGAUUUCCGAGGAGCUUCUCGGCCGCCUCAUCCAGGCGGCCACGCAAAGCUGCGGGGAUCACGACAAGGUCAAGGCCAAUGCCGUCCGCUCCCUGGGCAAUCUGCUCCAGAUCCUGCAGCAGCAGCAGGCCACCGGGAAUACCGAACCCAUGCAGCUGGCCAUGUCCAAGCUGCUGGACUGUGUGCGGUCCGCGGGCAGUGCCAAGGUCAAGUGGAACGCCUGCCAUGCCAUCGGGAAUCUGGUCAAGCACAGGGCCUUCUUUGCCACCAGCCACCUGGCGGGCAUCCUGUUUCCGGCCCUCAACCAGCUGGUGGUGCAGCAUGCCAACUUCAAGGUGCGCAUCAAUGCCACUGGGGUGCUGCUGCAGGUGGAGCAGCGCCAGGACUUUGGUGUCCACUUUCCGCUGGUAUGGCGCUCGCUGCUGGACGCCCUGGAGCGCUCCAAUGCCCUGGACAACUACGAGGAGUACAACCACAGGGAUGCGCUGCAGCAGCAGCUGUGCCUGGCCAUGGCCCACCUGCUGGCGCUGGCCAAGGGCUCGGAUAUGCCGGCGUUGCGGGAGGCUCUGGAGGAGGAUCGUCUGGACGAGGUGCGCGGCACCUGGCGAAGGGUGGCCUUCCGCGUGGUGCCGGAGCAGUCGGCGCCGCUCUUCACGUGCAGUCCGCUCCUGGAGCAGCGUCUGCAGGCGGAUGCCACCACGGUGCCGCAGCAGCGUUCAGCCCUCUCCUUCAUCGUGGCUACACUCCGGCUGGAUCCGUAGGGGGAAUAGCCUUAGCUUGUUUAUAUAGAAACCAUUUAUACGGAAAUAAAAUCACUUUUGUGGAAGA